UUGGUCUAACCAUCAUCAUCCUCGUUGGCUCCUCUUUCCUCCAGUUUUCUCGGAUAAAACGGACCGAAUUCGCGGCUCUUUAAGGAUUUAUCGAUCAUUUCUCCUUUAAACGUGAUUUAAAUUCUCCAAUUAGCGGAAAAAUAUUCUCUCAGAUCCAGUUUCUGCUCUUUAUUCCUGCCUGUGAACCCGAACAGAGAUGUCCGUCGCGGGGUUGAAAAAGCAAUUCCAUAAAGCCACCCAGAAAGUCAGCGAGAAAGUUGGAGGAGCAGAAGGAACCAAACUAGACGAUGACUUCAAAGAAAUGGAAAAGAAGGUGGACAUCACCAGCAGAGCAGUGCUGGACAUCAUGACCAAAACCACAGAGUACCUCCAGCCAAACCCAGCAUCCAGAGCCAAGCUGAGUAUGAUCAACACCAUGUCAAAGAUCCGCGGGCAGGAAAAGGGGCCCGGUUACCCGCAGGCUGAGAGCAUUUUGGGAGACGCCAUGCUGAGGUUCGGGCGGGACUUGGGCGAGGAGUCCUGCUUUGGACUGGCGCUGAUCGACGCCGGCGAGGCCAUGAAGGAGCUCGGGGAGGUGAAAGAUGCUCUGGACAUGGAGGUCAAACAGAACUUCAUCGACCCGCUGCAGAACCUCCACGACAAAGAUCUGAAGGAGAUCCAGCAUCAUCUGAAGAAGAUGGAGGGCCGUCGCCUGGACUUCGACUACAAGAAGAAACGUCAGGGGAAAGUGCAGGAUGACGAGAUCAAACAGGCGCUGGAGAAGUUUGACGAGAGCAAAGAGAUCGCUGAGCAGAGCAUGUUCAACCUGCUGGAGAGCGACAUAGAGCAGGUGAGCCAGCUGGCAGCACUGGUCCAGGCCCAGUUGGAAUACCACAGCCGCUCUUCAGAAAUCCUCCAACAGCUCUCCAGCAAGAUGGAGGACAGGAUAAAAGAGGUGUCCAGUAAACCCAGGAAGGAGUACACCCCGAAGCCCAAAAUGACCCUGGAGCUUCUGCCCCCCAGCGAGAGCCACAAUGGCGGGAUUCUCUCAGCCAAGUCUCCAGGAAAAUCACCAGCACCGAUGGACCAGCCCUGCUGUCGAGCACUCUACGACUUCGAGCCAGAGAACGAGGGCGAGCUGGGCUUCAAGGAGGGCGACAUCAUCACUCUGACCAAUCAGAUCGACGAGAACUGGUACGAGGGCAUGAUCAACGGCCAGUCGGGCUUCUUCCCCAUCAACUACGUGGAUAUCCUGGUCCCGCUGCCCCACUAGUUUCCAGUCAGCAGCCCGUUCCGUCCCUCUCGACCGAUCCAGACACCCGUGAAACAGCCUGUACUUGCAGAAAAACGACAAACCACGCCCUCCUUCUACUUCUUCUGUGCUUCUGUGCAAUUCUGCUUUCACUAAACGGACUGCAACGAGAGAGGCGCUGGACAACACGAGACUUUUGGAAAAAAAAAAGAGAGAGAUGGGGAGGAUUAUAGCGUGAGCGGUGCAUUGGAGGAGGACAGGAAGAGACGAGACGACGAAGAGCUGUUGGUCUGUUAAAGUGUGGUGCUUAGCCUGGCAGCAACGGACACCAACAAGGCUUUUUGAGACUUGCAGUGAAGUCACAGUGUAAUAUGUAUGUGCAUGUCUGAAUGUGUGUUCUUACCUGUUAGUACUCCGCUAUGAUGAAGCCAGCACAAAUUCCUGCUCAUCAGUUUUACCUUUUACCUUGUUUCUCCUCUCCGCUUGGUUUCUCUUGAGGUUUCCCUGCAUUUUCUACCUUUGCUUACCUUCUUGUGCUUUUCUACAGCAACAACCACAGUUGUUCCUCUGUCUGUCUUUCUAUCUUUCUCUCCACCCUACUGGCACUGCUAUAGAGAUGAGUCAGAGCUGUACAUCCUCUUGGUUCUAGCUCCUCUUGUAACUACAGUAACUCUGCCUUACUUGCGUAGAUUUUCAGUUCAGUGGUUGCAUGCAUGGAUCAGCCACGUCAAAGGUUUAGGCGAUUAGACAUUGUGCUUUGAGGAGUAUGUAGCAGGGAUAAAGCUGCAUUAGAUCCAGGAUGAAUACGACCUUGAAAUCUCUCAUUUUGAGCUUUUCUGUCUUCAGGCGUUAACUUUAGCAGAGGUUUAAAAUGAAAAGAGAAAUAUGCUGGAGCAGUUAAAGAGAGGAAAAUCCUGGGGUUUACUCCAAAGUAAUGAUAUUCAACAGCUUUGGAGAAGGAUAUGCACUAAGGUAAAGAUAGGUUUGGUUUUUCUGUCCUCUCUGGUUCACAUUUGUGGGUGUGUCAUAUGUGGAGGUGCUUGCAGCUUUGUCUUGUUCCUUGCUUUUUGCAUGCAAGACUAAUUCACUGAAACUUCUAACAAUGUUUGCUGUUACAAAGCUUACGUUACGCUGUUCCGACAUGCAUUCAGUUUAAACACAACUUUAAAGUAG